AUGUCAAAGGGAAUCAUCAAGAAGGAGGACAGCGUCUUCAACUUGACGAAACCUGCUCUGUACUCGAUUUAUGACACUGAUGUCACACGCAGCGAGCAGGACUACAGGCUGCUCCAUGAGCGUCCCGUGCACUUGGGGUCCGGCAGAGUGCGCCACAAGCGGAAGAUGCACGAGGUGUUGCUGAACGGUGUCAUUGCCGUGACGCUUCUGUUCUGGACGGGUGUUCUCUUUGCCAAACUUUCCGCUGAGUUGUACGACAACAGAUCCUUGAAGAAAUGGAUGCUCUCGUACACUUUGGACCACAUAUCGAAAUGGGUCAACACGUACGUUGUUAGUGUCCCCGCGUUUGCCGUCUACGGUGUUCUUGGAGUGCUUUGCGGUGUCAGCGUCCCACUAUUGGACGAAUACGUGUUCCAGCACCGUCUGGACGACGGUGUCGACUUCAAGUCCGUGCUUAAGUGUCUGAAUGCUCUACUAGGUGUGUGCUUUGGUAUCAGGACCAUUCAAUGGUCCUCUUCAAUGCAAGGUGCCGGUGCCUGGUGUCUUCUGAACGUGCUUCUGUGGGUUUUCUUCGACGGCACUUGGUCCAUACUGACAAUGGGCACGGCAGUUGUUUUAGUCAGUGUUGUCAUGGGCCGCGGUGCAAGCUCUUCGCUGUCGUACUUGCUGUACAUAGUAGACUUCUAUUCCUUCAGCUUCAUGAUCUUUGGGAAGCUUGGACGGUACCUGUUCAACUAG